AUGUCCGUACGUCUCUCCGACAGGAUCAAAACCCUUGAACUCUGGGGACAAGACUUGUCACUCUCAUCUUCUUUACUCAAAGGCGAUGAAUCAAGAAUUAUCAGCAGCAGAGGAAAAGAAGAAGAAGACAGGAUCAGCUUAUUACCAGAGUCCUUGCUCUGUCACAUACUCAGCUUCCUCACAACCAAAGAAGCUGUUUGCACAAGUGUCUUGUCCUCCAGAUGGAGAAACCUCUGGAAAUGGGCUCCAACAUUAGAGCUAGAGACCGCCGAUUUCACAAACGACGAAGCCUGCGUCGAUUUCAUCUACCAAAAGCUUCAAACUUUCCAGACUUUGCGUGAAUUCAAUCUCUGCAUCAACUUCAGCAAAUCCAAAACCGACGCCUCUCUCUACGAGCCGUGCCUCGGCAAACUAAUCAACCGCAAGAUCCAACGUCUCGUUGUCGAUUGUUAUCGAGACAUUGAGAUUCCCUUAACACUUACUUCUUGCGAGUCAUUGGUUUGCGUAAGCCUCUAUUCCGUAAAGCUGAAUGCUUUCGAGUCUCUGUUUUUGCCCUGUCUCAAGAUCAUGUACUUGGAAGACGUUGUGUUUCCUCCUCGUGGAGAUAAUAACUGGUUUCUUGAUACUCCGAGGCUUGAGUAUCUGACUCUCAUUGAUAACCAAUUCAAAGGCUUCAAGAUUGUUGCUAUGAGCGACUCUGUUAAAGUCGAUGUCGAUGUUGACUUUGAGCUCAAGACGCAAGUCACGCAACAUGACAUGACGGAAAGAAACAUCGUUUAUGAUCUUCUCAAGAAUUUUUCAGCUGUUGGAGUUUUGACUCUCUCAUGGCAAACUCUUAAGUUGAUCUAUCGUCUCCAGCAGAUGAAUCCGUUACCUAAGUUUCAUGGCUUGACACGUCUGCGUGCGAUUAUAUCGUUGAACGCGUCGCUUGAGGUGUUGCCGAUCGUUCUUGAGAGCUGUCCGAAUCUGAAGCACUUGAGCUUGGAGCUUGUUAAGGAUGAUGAUCCAGAGGCAGUGGUAACUAAGAUUUCGGAUGUGCUUUCUUUUUGUUUGGUGUCGUCUCUUGAAUACGUUGAAAUGGAGAGUCCGGUGGUCACUGAUGAAGCAACGGAAGAGAAACUUGUUAGGUACUUUCUUGAAAACGCGAGAUCGCUCAAGAAGCUAUCAAGAAGCUCGUUUGUGACAGUUUGA